CAUGUCCAAGCAGCUGACGGAGGCGCUCAAUCUGAAAUAUGAGAGAGCUCAUCUGGCCUACCUGCUGUGUGUGCAGAAUGUCAGGGAUGCUGAGGCAGGAGUCUACGGCCAAAGGACCAUCACUGGGUUCCUCAGACAGGAAGAUACUCCGGCUCCAUUUGGUGGAUACUCGGAUGGUGAUGGCUGGUGUGGAGUUUCUGUCUCUUCCCACUACCUGGUGGAGUGCCUGGUCCGUGAGUAUCAGCGGCAGGAGGAGCUCCUUACUCUGCUGCUUCAGGGGACCUUUGGUCAGGCACUGAGGUCAGAUCACACUCGGAGAGUGGCUAGGAAGGUUGUGCUGUCGUCCGGCACCAUGUCUUCCUAUGCCAUCAUGAAUGAGAACUGGAUGAUCCUGAGCUGGGUGAUGCUGCAGUCAGAGUGUGAUAGGUCCCUUAACCCGUUGUAUGAGGGUCUGUCUCAACGCUACACUGUGGCUGGAGUGGAGAAGGCACGCUACCAGUGGGUGGACAGGGACUGCUGCGCUGCCUUCAAGGUCCUUCAACCUGGGGCUCAGGAGCACUUGUGGGACAGCUGGAGGACCACAGAUGCUAUCCUGGCAGAGGCCACCUCUGGAAAUCUCAAGAACAUUUGCGCAUCAAGGAACAAGUUUAACAAAGACAUUAUUGUCAAGUUGGACUUGUUUCAUUGUAUGCGGCGGUUUACCAGGGAGUGUGUCUCCGAGCAUCAUUCUUUGUACAGCUCCUUCUGCCAGUUCCUCUCUGCAGCAUUCGUUGUGGUGGACCACAGCGAUCUCCAGAAGCGGAAGGAGGCGUACACGUUCUGCAGAAUUUCUCCUGCUAACCCCACCAAGCAGCACAUAAGAGAGCACUGCAGGACAAAGGUGCCACAGCCAAUGGAACUGCUGCAAAGAGUGGAAGACGUCCUCCAUCACUAUUACAUGGCAAAGGAUGCCAAUGAUUUGCUCCUUUUUAAAGACUCAAUGUUAAAGGUGUGGAGGAUCCAGCGCAUCCACAUCCUCCGAGGCUGCCUGAGCGACCCUGAAGUGGGAGAGGGAAUCCUCUACAGGUAUGGUGGCACCCUGCAGCUGAAUUACAACAAGGGCGAGGGAGCUGCCGUGCCUGUGUGGAUCCCUGUGAGAGGCACCUCUCAGCAGGAGGGUUUCCACGGACACCAAGCCCAAUGGGUGACAGGCAACCGGGUGUCCUGUGAACUAUUCCAGGCCCAAGCUAUGACUGGAGUUGUGCGCUGGAACUACCAGAGGCUGGUGGACCUGAAACAGCCAGAUGUGGAGCUGCCAGCCGUGUUUGACCCCCGGUUGAUUUCAGAGCUUAACACCAUCUCUGUAAAAGUCACAGGAAGGUCCAAAUACCCAGCACUGCAGCUCUCCAACAGGGACACGGGGGAGAGAUUUGGACUGCAGUACGUGGAGCCAGGCUGUCGUCCUGUUGUUUUGAACUGGGACAAGAACAGGGCACAGCCAAACAACCCAGCGGCAGUAGCCAUGGAGACAGAGCAUCAUUGCCCUGCCCCUACUGUUGUAGUGGGCACAGAAUCUCAGGAAUCCUCUGCUGAUCCAGUUGGGGCAGUGCCAAUUCUGUCUUCCAGUUCCCGGCAGUCCUCUGAUGUUGUGACCAAGUCCCUGCCGCCUUUCACACAAGCCUCUGCCACACAAAAACCAGAGCCUUUGAUAGAUACAGACUUGACAGGGGUAGCACCGCUGCCUCAGUCCUCCUCUCCUCGAGCCACCCGCACUGGACCAAUUAAAACUGGUGGCCUCAUUCAAGUCUUGGACCAUGGUCGGUGGACAGAACCCAUGAAAGCUGCCAUCGACGAGCUUCUGGUAAACCACCGUGGUGCCAAAGAUGUCCUGAAGCGGGUGGAUGCGGACUACGCUGCCAUGGUCCAGAGGGGAUGCACAGACCGGAACAGCCUCCUUCACCCGACCACAGUCCAACAUAUCUCACGAUAUGUUAAACAUCUGGCAAAAUUAAAAAAUACCAGCUCUUCCCUCAACACAUCCCCAGAAAAGGUCUUAGAGACACAGCAGCUGUGGCAUAGUUUGACCUCAGGCAGCCAAACUAUCAGUGUGCCUGUCAUAACUCUGCCACCUGCCAUAUUCAACCCUCCAGCUGUGGCUCCCAGACAGGAGGACUCACUGAGCAGGGCUUCAGUGGAGAAGAUUGUGGCAGACGUCCUGGCAAAUCAACAGCAGCCGCAGCAGCAACAACAGCCUCAGAAAAAGACGCUGAUGAGAAACUGUUUAGCCUGCGGUCAGCCUAAAUCCCGAUAUCUUGGGGAUGGCUCUUCAGUGCAUUUUUUUUACCAGUCAAAAACGGUAAAAUACUUUUACUGCUCCACCAAGGUCUUUAAGACCUAUGCUAAGGAAGGCCUCAAAGACACCAGGAUGUCUUUUGAGAACUUUGCUGCAACUCAGUUUUUUGAGCGAGAGCUGGAGGCUGCCAGACAGAGGGGGGCAGAGUGGAGAAAGGUUGCAGAGGAGAGAGGGAAGAGGAAGGCAGCUGUGCAGCUGCCAACAGGCCGUCUCUGCAGGUUUUGUCACCAACCACUGAAGCAGAGUCCCAACAGCCCUCAUACCCAUGCAUCCUUCCCAGGGGUUCCAGGGAAGUACAUCUACUGCCCCUCCAGAGUCUUCUCCUUAUAUAAUGCACAGGGCAUGGAGAAGGAGAUGACAUGGCGGGAGUUCCAGCAGUCGGACUUCUAUGAUGUUGAAAGGGACAGAUGGAUUGCAGACAAAAGGAAGCCCUAACCUACCCUCACAUACACACAGGCACGCCACUUCCUGGGUCUACUAAGUUGCAUACUAACUUAACAUACAAACUAAGCCGUUUUGCCUGCAGCAAAAGCGAGACCCCUAAACUAUCAGCCUUUUCACCAGUCCUGACAAUCCUGCCGAUAACAAAACAGUUUUGGUUAAUGCCCUCAAAAAACUCAAUUCAUAAUAAAGAAUAAUAA